ACAAACCAAUCAGCGACGAGCUGGGGAACAGCCGAUUGCUAUUGGCUGUUUUAAAAAGGAAGCAAAUUUAAACGUUAACGGUCUGACUGCAGUUUCUGCUGCUUCUCUCCGUGAACAGACAUCUACGGUGAAUCGACGCUAACACAGUUGGGGAUUAUGGCGGAAAGUGACUCCGGUGAUAACGGUGAACGUUAUGAGUUUGACGCCCCGUCUCAUGUGGUCGACCUGAAGGAGCUGGAGAAUGCAGAAAAUGAAGAUAUAUGGUUUGAACAACAGGCCGGUGUGCCAAACAGUAACCUUCAAACACCGGGAGUCGACCGACAUUUCAUGAGGAGGGAGUCUCUCAACCUGCCCAGAGCCAUAGUCGCUCCUCAGGUCAAGGCGGAUGUGGAGUCAGAGCCCAGUACGUCCACAGCUCAACCUUCAAACGUGGUGACCUCCUGGGGCGGUGCAGCUUCUGCUCAGAAUGGAGCCCGGCCUAAAACCAGGGCCUCUAAUCAACCCCCUGCCCAGCCAUGCAGGGUUUCAAAACGUAAAUCCAACGCUGUGGCUGCACCGCCUUUAAAGAAACAGAAGAAGAGUCCUGUUGCUCGACCAGCCCGAAAAAGCACAAGCAUGCGCCGCAGGACCGUCCAGAUGAAUAACAGGACGGCUUCAGCUACCCGCACAGCAGCUCCACCACCUGCAAACAAUGAGCCAAGCACUUCUGAGGAACAGGAGCUGGAACGUAUCAAGACCCUGCAGAGGGAGGUCGCUCUGCAUCGCAAGAAGAACGAGGCCAGCUACAAAGCUGCUCUGGCCGGUGAUCAACUACCAAAGAAGAUGGUCCUCUCAGCGACAGUGCCUCAAGAAUUCCACUUCAACACAAACACUCGCUCCAAGGCGGCCGCUUCAGCCAACGCAGCUCACAGGGAGGUGGAUUUCAUCUCCCAGCUUCGCAAACCCUCCUCCCCUGCAAAGGCUCUGAGAGGUGCCACAGUGCCCAAACCCUUCAACCUGUCGACGGGCACCAAUAGAAAUAAGGAGGAGCCGGGUGCUUACGUGCCCAUGGCUCAGCAGAUUGCACAGUUCCAGAAACGAACUCCUGAACGCUACCGACUGCGCAGCCGCCAGAGUCAGGCGAGAGGUCCAUCCCCUGUGAAGGGCGUCCACCUGAAACUCACCCAGCCCCACACCCCUCACCUGAUAACCAACCAGAGGACCCGGGCACCCAGCGUUAAGAGCAGUGCUGAGCUGGAGGCGGAGGAGGUGGAGAAACUUAGCAAGUUCAAAUUCAAGGCCUUGGAGCUGAACAGGAAGAUUCUCGAGGGUGUCGAAGGCCUAAAGAAGCCAACAGUGAAAGAGCCGACGGUCCCUGAAGGCUUCGAGCUGCAGAUUGAAAAGAGGCUUCAGGAGAGACAAGCCACCAAACCCCAGGAAGACGAAGAGAAGCUGCACGCAUUCAAGUCCCAGCCACUUCCCAAGAAGAUCCUGGAGGGAGUGGUGGGAUUACCAGAGAAGAAGGUUCUCCCUCCAACUAUCCCAGAGUCUCCAGCUUUUGCCCUGAAGAAGAGGAUUCAUGUAGAGCACAAAGUCGAGGAGGUAAAACGGCCAUCACCUAUCAAGGCUCCUCCUGUGCCUCACUUUGGCCUCCCCUUCCAGCCCCGGCUCCCAGAGAACCACCAUGUAGAGGUCUGUCCAUUCUCCUUUGAGGAGAGGGAGCGAGAGAGGAGGGCACUGAAGGAAAGGAGACUGGAGGAGAGGAGAAAUGAAGAGGUCCCACAGUUUAAAGCUCAGCCUCUCCCCGACUUCGAUGCUGUGAUGCUCCCGGAGAAGAAGAAGCUGGAGCCCACAAAAACUGAGCCAUUCAGACUGCGGCUGGACGAGCGAGGAGCGGUGAAGAACAGCCGCUGGGAGCAGAUGGUGAAAGAGGAGCAGAAACAACGGGAGGAAGCCACAGUAUUCAAAGCAAGACCAAACACCGUCACUCAUAAAGAGCCUUUCCAGCCUAAGAAGGACAGCCGCAAUGUAGCAGAAGGCAUUUGCUCUUCCACAGUGACCGAGGCCUUCGAGCUGUCGACGGAGCGCAGGGCCCGGGAGCGGCAGGAGUACGAGCAGCUGGCCUGCGAGAAGGAGGCUCUGAGGGCACUGAUGGAGGAGGAGCAGAGACGAGAGGAGGAGCAGAGGGAGAAGGAGGAGGUUGCCAGGAUGCGGCAUGAACAGGUUCACAAGGCUCAGCCCAUCAGACACUACAAACCUGUAGCUCUGAAGAAGAGUGAACUUCCUCUCACCAUUCCGCACUCACCGAACUUCUCUGACCGUUUCCGUUUGUGAUCGUGCUCUCUGUAGAAACCUGCAUUUUUACUUUUUAUAUCUUAUCUAUUUUAAGCAAAAGUCCUGAACUGUUGCCUCUCUUUCCCUGUCGGUCAGAUUUCUGACUGUGAACUUGUACAAAGACGUGAAUUUGAAUUGACUGAAGCUCUGUUUUGUCUGUUCUCUGAGCUUUAGAUUUUAACCACAUGCUGUAUAUUCUUUCCCUGUUUUCUUUAUUAACACCUCUUCUAAUAAAACGUUCUUAAAAUGAA